CAGCUGGGGGAGGGAGCACAGGCCGAAUGAAUGAGUUUCUUUUAGACUUUCGUUGCUUCCAUCCCUGCCCCGUUUCCUCCCUCAAAUUGCCACCUCUCUCUCGUGCUCCCUCUCUCCUCGUUUCCCUCCCUCUCAGACAGAAUUCCUUCCUACCUGUCUGGACAGGGAGCGUCGGAGCGCCACAGGGCAAAGGACAGAAAGAAGCGGAGAAAGGAGGUGGGCAGGCAGGGGGGAAAGAAAAGAAAAGGGAAUCCAGAGAAGGAGAGCAAGAGGAACAAAGGGGUCAGAUUUAAAGAGCACAAACAGGAAAGAGGUGCAUCAGAGCGAUUGAGGGACAGAGAGAAAGUGACAGACGAGUUUCUAAGCUUGUAUAGUCUUUGCUGCAUCCUGUUUCCUGCUGGGUUUAUUUUUCGACGUUCUGAGACCCGUGGCUAUUUUGGUUGGAGUGGUUUGGGAUGGAUGCCAUCAUGCUGCAGGAGAAACUGGUGGAACGGCUUCUGUGCCCACGAGUGAGAACGGCCAGACAGAAGGAGAAACAGUAUGUGGGUUUUGCAACUUUGCCCAAUCAAGUCCACAGGAAGUCGGUGAAGAAAGGCUUCGACUUCACCCUGAUGGUGGCAGGAGAGUCUGGAAUGGGUAAAUCCACCCUGGUCAACAGCCUGUUCCUCACAGACCUCUACAAAGACAGGAAGUUGCUGAACGCUGAGGAGCGAAUCAACCAGACGGUGGAGAUCAUCAAGCACACGGUCGACAUCGAGGAGAAAGGAGUCAAGCUCAAGCUGACCAUCGUGGACACGCCGGGGUUCGGAGACGCCGUCAACAACAACGAGUGCUGGAAGCCAAUCACAGACUAUAUAGAUCAGCAGUUUGAGCAAUACUUCAGGGACGAGAGUGGACUGAACAGAAAGAACAUCCAGGACAACAGGGUCCACUGCUGCCUCUACUUCAUCCCUCCAUUUGGGCACGGGCUGCGUCCGGUCGAUGUUGAGUUCAUGAAGGCGCUCCAUGAAAAAGUCAACAUAAUUCCACUCAUUGCAAAAGCUGACUGCCUCACGCCCAACGAGAUAAAGAAGCUCAAAGACAGAAUACGAGAGGAAAUAGACAAGUUCGGGAUCAAAGUGUACCAGUUCCCUGAAUGUGACUCCGACGAGGAUGAAGAGUUUAAACAACUUGACAAAGAGCUGAAGGAGUGCACCCCCUUCGCUGUGAUCGGCAGCAACACGGUGGUGGAGGCCCGGGGGCAGAGGGUCAGAGGUCGACUGUACCCCUGGGGCAUCGUAGAAGUGGAGAACCAGUCGCACUGUGACUUUGUGAAGCUGAGGAACAUGCUGAUUCGCUCGCACAUGCACGACCUGAAAGACGUGACCUGUGACGUCCACUAUGAGAACUACAGAGCACAGUGCAUACAGGAGAUGACCAUUAAACUGGCUCAGGACAACCGAAUGGAGAGUCCCGUCCCGUUCCUGUCCACUCCAGAUGUGGAAACUGAGAAACUCAUCAAAAUGAAAGAUGAGGAGCUGAAGAAGAUGCAGGAGAUGCUGAACAAGAUGCAGCAGCAGAUGCACCACAAAGACCAGUGACAUCUCUCAGAGCAGAGCUGUGCUGUAGCGCCACCUGCUGUUCCCCCCCCCCCCCCCCCCCACCCCCUGAACGACAGUGAGAGACACCUCCAGUCAAGGGAGCGAUGGACGUCAAGUGUCAGUGGCAACUCUGGUUGUACAUUUAUCUUCAGUUUGGUGCUUUGUAUAGUUUGUUUGCCCGGAGACUUGUUUCAUCAGAGUUGUUGUUUUGUUUUGUUUUGUUUUUUUCUUCUCAAAAAGUAUCUGUUUGAGUAUCCCCCCCCCCCCCCCCC